CGUUCAGUUUGACGUCAUUCGUCAAGUCCAGCCGCUAGAUUAGACUAAUAGUCAGUUUUUAGAAUUAUUAUUUCAAUUCAAGUGUUAAGUGCUCAGAUUUUCCUUUUCCAGACUCUAGUGUUGUUCAAGAAACGAAUCCUUCUGGAGGAAUUGUGUGAAUUUAUCUCAAAGUGAUGUGACUUUCAAUGAAAUUGUAUGUUCAGUUUUAGUUGUCAUACGCUGUAGUUUUCAAUAAUCAAUUGACUUGACCGACGUGUAUCAAAGAUGAGAUCUUCAUGUGGUAAAAAUAUAUCUUGGUCCGAGGACGAGGUAAUAAAGUUUUUGAAGAUCUACAGAAAGUUAGAUGUACUGUGGGACAGUAGUACAUUGUAUUACAAAAGCCAAAAAAAGCAGUUGGAGGCGUACAAAUUGUUUUUAAAGAGUUUGAAUAAAGAGUACGUAACAUUGGAUGAUUUGAAGAGAAAAAUUAACUCAAUACGAACAACUUACACGAAGGAAUUGAACAAGAUGGCAAAAGAUGAAUUUUAUACGCCACGUAUAUUUUGGUUCAAGUUAGUCGACUCGUUUUUAAGGCGUGUUGUCAACCAGAGACUGAAUCUAACUUUAAAAGAUCAAGAAGAUUCAUCAGUAGAAUCAGAAACAGAAGAUAGCAAUGAUUACUUAAAAGUAACCUGUAUAGAGCAGGACCAGGAAACAUCAGAAACUUCUAAAAGAUCAUCAAAGAAAAAGUUACAAAGUUUUAACAAUUCUACAACGUUCACUCCAUGUAAAGUAGAACGAAUGUCAAGUAAAUCAUCAGACAGUGACUUUGAGGAUGAAUUUGACCAUUUCAGUCGAUCGUUAGCCAUCCAGCUACGCAAGUUGCCAGAAAUUGAUGCACUCGAUUUGAUGCAACAAAUACAACAAAUGAUACUCAUCAAAAAGCAGCAAGAACACCAAACACUGCAUUCAGAGCAACUAUAGUCAUCCCGCUAUGCAUGUUGCCAGAAUUUGAUGCAUUAGAGUUGAUGCAACAAAUUGUAGUCAUCAAAAACCAGCAAAUAAAUCAACUACAAUAACCAUCCAGCUAAGCAAGUUGCCAGAAUUUGAUGCACUAGAGUUGAUGCAACAAAUACAACAAACAGCAGUCAUCAAAACGCAGCAAGAACAUCAACUGCAACAACUAUAGCCAUUCAGCUAUGCAAGCUGCCAGAAAUUGAUACAUUGGCAUUGAUGCAACAAAUGCUGCACUGGUAUUGAUGCAACAAAUACAACAAAUGGUAGUCAUAAAAAAGCAGCAACAACAUCAACUAUAACCAUCCAGCUAUACAAGUUGCCAGAUGUUGAUGCACAAAGUUGAUGCAACAAGUACAACAAAAGCUAGUCAUCAAAAAGCAGCAAGAAUAGCAAACACUGCAUUUAGAGCAACUUUAGUCAACCAGCAACGCAAGUUGCCAGAAUUUGAUGCACUAGAGUUGAUGCAACAAAUACAACAAACAGCAGUCAUCAAAACGCAGCAAGAACAUCAACUACAACAACUAUCCAGCUAUGCAAGUUGCCAGACAUUGAUGCACAAAGUUGAUGCAACAAAUACAACAAAUGAUACUCAUCAAAACGCAGCAACAACAUCAAUCAACUAUAGUCUAGUAAUGUAAAAAUUAAACUACACUUAAAACUACAAAUUACAUUUACAUCAAGUGUCCUAUUAAAUUGUUAAAUAAUUACAAUGAAAAAUAAUAAUGUAUACUAAUAAAUUAUAAAAUUAAACAAAUUAAUUAUACAAAAAAAAAAAAAGAAAUAAAUGAAAUUGAAUAUAUUUACAGAAAUAAGUCAAAAGCAACAAAAACAAACAAUUAAAGGACAUGUCCCAAAAUUUGCCUUUAUUAUUUACUAGCUGACGCCGCGCGGUUUUACCUGCUUAGUUCCCGUUCCCGUAAGAGUACAGGGAUAAUAUAUAGCCUAUAGCCUUCCUCGAUAAAUGGGCUAUCUAAGACAGAAAGAAUUUUCCAGAUCGGACCAGUAGUUCCUGAGAUUAGCGUGUUCAAUCAAACAAACAAACUCAGCUUUAGCUUUAUAAUAUUAGUAUAGAUAAUUUUAUAUAAGCAGGUCGAUAGUAUUUUUUACGGAUAGAAGGUACAAAUUGCUGUUGGGAAAAUAAUUUUUAGAAUUUUUGGAACCCGCAUUAAUUAUAUAAAUAUUUUUAAUUAAUCAGUAAAAGAGUUCAAAACAGCCAAAAAAGCCUGGAAUUGAAUUAAUAUCCGGUGUAAGCU